AUGGCGACCUCACACGCUUUCCCACCUGAAGAAAGUUUACCUCAUCCUCCACCUAUUUUCCCGCAACAAAUAAAUCCAAAACAGGCUGUAAUUUACAACAAGUCGGGCACGAAGUGUAUGAACAUUGUAAAGGAACCUUCCGGGACGCCUUUGUCACCGACUUCACCGCCUUCAAAAGAUCCUGGCGAACUUGCUCCUUCUCAUAGCUCACAAAAUAGUAACGGCGCCGCAAAAAAGAAAAAAAAGAAGAAAGGCAAAAGAAAGCCUCCUCCAGAUCACAUUGAAGAUCCCGAUAUCGCUAAUGGAACCCAUAAUCAACAUACAAAGUCUCAUCACACUAUUUACAAUAGCGAUUUUGAUGGAGAAGAGGUGGUUGAUGUGGAUAUAGAAGAUGAUGAAGAGUUUUUCUCGGAUGAUGAAGGGUACGAUCCUGAAGCUCCGGAAAUACCUUUCCCGCGUAAAGAUUCUCUCACUAAUAUUGACGACGGUAUCUGGAAUACCAAUAAUAAUGAAGAACGACAACGGAUAAGAGAAUUCUGGUUGCAAUUAGGUGAAGAGGAACGACGGAGUUUAGUAAAAGUCGAAAAAGAAGCCGUACUUAAAAAAAUGAAAGAACAACAGAAACAUUCAUGCUCAUGUUCCGUAUGUGGUCGAAAGAGAACCGCUAUUGAAGAAGAGCUAGAAACCCUUUAUGAUGCUUAUUAUGAAGAGCUCGAAUUAUAUGCUAAUCAACAACAACAAUUUGGUUCGUCAACUGUCGAAUAUCGUAAUGACUCUGUGCGUGAUGACUACCUGGAAGGAAACAAAAGGUCCUUGAGGAAAUAUCUUCUCGAUGGAGGCAUUUUGACUGUAGCUGAUGACCUUUUAAAAAAUGAUGGAAAAAAGUUUCUUGAAAUGAUGGAGCGACUUGCUGAACAGGAACAACGUAUGGAAGAAGGCCGGCGGAUGUUCCAGAUAUUUGCAGCACGAAUGUUUGAACAAAGAGUACUAAAUGCAUACCGGGAAAAAGUUGCACAAGAACGACAGCAAAAAUUACUGGAAGAGCUAGAAGAAGAAAACCGGCUAAAAGAAGAACGUGAACUAAAAAAGCUAAAAGAAAAAGAGAGAAAAAAAGCUAAAAAUAGGGCUAUAAAACAGCAAAAAGAGGAAGAAAGAGCAAGGAAAGAAGCUGAGAGGCUUGCUGAAGAGCAAGCAUUACGUGCUGAGCGUGAGAAAAAAGCUGAAGAAGAACGUAAAAAACAGCGUGAGGCAAAGGAACGAAGAGAACGUGAGGCAAGGGAACGAAAAGAAAAAGAGGAAAAUGAACGUAAAGAGCGAGAAUUAAAGGAGCAAGAAAAAGUUCGUAAAGAAAAAGAAGAUAAAGAGCGUAGAGAACGCGAAGAAAAAGAUAGAAAAGAUAAAGAAGAAAAAGAACAGAGGGCUGUUACUUUAUCCUCUACGCGGCAACAUAUUGAGCGAAAACGCACUAUUCCACCAAUUGGUCAACCUUCAGUACAACAAUCACAACCACCAAUAAAUAAUCAACCCGCUGUACAAUCUAAAAAUGUUGCUACGAUGUCUAACGGAGCUAUUAAUUGGAUUAAUUAUGCAUCACACGAAUCACAUCAAACUAUUCCUCCACAUCAUGCUAUAAAUCAACCUCAUUCAGUCAAUCAUCAUAUGCCUCCACCCCCAAAUCAUCCACCACAUCCAAUAUUUAGUCAGAAUGGGCCACAACCCCAGUUUGGAGGGCAACCUGGGGGGAUUAUAAAUGGUCCAGUAGGAAUGAAUAAUGAGAUCGUAAAUGAUGUAUAUACGAACAAUAAAAAAAUACUUAACCAACCGCCACAGCAGCCAACGAACACUUUACCGGGGAUGAAUCCCGCAUCUUCGCUGUUCGCUACGGGAUUAGGCCCAAUUGGUAUGGGUGUCCAUCCACAUCAUGGUGGACCUCCGAUGCCAAUACACGCUCAUCAUCCAGUAAUGCGACAACAGAUACCUCCCCGAGGGUUCAAUCCUAUUGGGGCAGCACCUCACCUAACUGGUCCUGCUACAGGUGUUCCACCAUCAGUAGCAUCCACAAAUUUAUCUCUCCUUAAUGAACCCGUAAUUGGUGGCAAUGGAAACAUUGGUACAGGAAGAGUCAAUACUAACCCACCACCUGGUGCAUUUGGCGGAUUGCCCCUAGGUGGAGGACAGGGACCAUUAGGUCCACAAACAUUUAAUUUGGGAACUCAGGUUGUUGGUCAACCAGCAUCCUCUUCUCAUAUUGGCCCUAACGUCGUCCAAAAUGCUCCUCUAGCUCCUAUCGGGCAUCGUAGGAUGUCACAACAUCCUGAUGAUCCUCAUAUCAAAGCGGUGCAUCGACCACAACCGAUACAACGUCCGUCACGAAGGGAGUCAGUUACAAUGCAUACAUCCCUGGACACACGAACGCGAUCGCCACCACCAGGAUUUGGCAAUAUGGUUGGAUCUGGUGCGUUAAUUGGCGAUGAUCAACCACGUCCAAUGACGAAUAGACGACAAAGCCUUGCAACUGCUGAAAGUUCAUAUUUCUCUAAUUCUUUAUUUUCAGCCUUGCCUGGAGAAACAUCUCAACAGUCGCAGUCUUCACAGAAUCAACAACCGCAACCGCAACAUCAACUAGGGUCGUCGCGUUUAACACAUAGACCUGUUGGUGAUAAUGAAUGGCCUCCAAUAAGAAGAUCCGGAGGAACAGAUAAUAUUAGUGAUACAGUAUCUAUUAAUAGUAGUAACAAUAUUGGUAGUAAUAAUAUAGGUGCAUCAAAUUCAGAUAUUUGGAGUUUAAACAGUGUUAACUGGUAUCAAGAAGGUAAUAACAAUGCUAAUCGUAGAGUAAUGGGCAGUUCGAAAGACUUUGGAAUACCAUAA